UCUUAAAACCCAGAGCGGGACCCAGAGUGCCCAAAAUAUAAGUAAGAGUGAUAAGAAGUGAUCCUGUUUGACCUCAUGGAUACUUGGGAAAGAGGACUCUUGUAGAUAUGCCCUUAGACUGUGCAGUAUCUGGUUCCAGUUUUCCUUUGGUACAACUAGCAUUAAUUAUUGUGACUGCUCUGAAGACUGUCUACAAGCAACUGCAAGAUGAAAGGAGCAAGAGUGAUGAAGAUCUUGCCCUAAAACUUUCUUGAACACAGAUUACACUUUACAUCAGUAGAAAUGGACAGCAGCAGUUUCAUUCAGUUUGAUGUGCCUGAGUACAGCAACACUGUUUUGAGCCAGUUAAAUGAACUCCGCUUGCAAGGAAAGCUAUGUGACAUAAUUGUGCAUAUUCAGGGUCAGCCAUUUCGAGCCCAUAAAGCAGUCCUAGCUGCCAGUUCCCCAUAUUUCCGUGACCAUUCAGCAUUAAGCACCAUGAGUGGCUUGUCAAUAUCGGUUAUUAAAAAUCCUAAUGUUUUUGAACAGUUGCUUUCAUUUUGUUACACUGGAAGGAUGUCCUUGCAGCUGAAGGAUGUUGUCAGUUUUCUGACUGCAGCCAGCUUUCUGCAGAUGCAGUGCGUCAUUGAUAAAUGCACACAAAUACUAGAGAGUAUUCAUUCAAAGAUCAGCGUUGGUGAUGUUGACUCUGUCACUGUUGGUGCUGAAGAAAAUUCAGAAAACCGCAAUGGAGUUAAAGACAGCAGCUACUUUGCCAAUCCUAUUGAGAUAUCUCCCCCCUAUUGCUCUCAGGUGCGACAGUCAACAGCAAGCAGCGAUCUUAGGAUGGAAACUACUCCAGGCAAAACUCUACGUAGUCGUCUGCAAGAAGAAGGGCAUUCAGAUCGAGGAAGCAGUGGGAGCAUCUCUGAGUAUGAGAUUCAGAUUGAAGGUGAUCAUGAGCAAGGAGACCUGAUAGUAAGGGAGAGUCAAAUUGCAGAGGUGAAAGUUAAAAUGGAAAAGUCUGACAGGCCCAGUUGCUCUGAUAGCUCUUCCCUUGGUGAUGAUGGAUAUCAUACUGAAAUGGUGGAUGGAGAGCAAGUGGUGGCAGUAAAUGUUGGUUCCUAUGGGUCUGUGUUACAGCAUGUUUAUUCAUUUACCCAUGCCUCAUCCCAGGCUACAGGUGUGUCUGAAACCUUCGGAAGCCUAAGCAAUUCAAGUCCUUCAAGGUCUAUGCUGAGCUGUUUCAGAGGGGGGCGUGCACGCCAAAAGCGGGUAUCCACUGGUCACUUGCAUAGUGAUGUUCAGGGCUUGAUACAAGGGGCUGACAGUGAAACCAUGGUGAGUAACCCAGGAUAUGAAAGUAGUCCCCGGGAAAGAAAUGCAAGAGGUCACUGGUAUCCAUACAAUGAAAGGUUAAUUUGUAUCUACUGUGGAAAGUCUUUCAACCAGAAGGGGAGCCUUGAUCGACACAUGCGACUGCACAUGGGAAUAACUCCUUUUGUGUGCAAGUUUUGCGGGAAGAAAUAUACCCGCAAGGACCAACUCGAGUAUCAUAUUCGUGGCCACACAGAUGACAAGCCCUUUCGUUGUGAGAUCUGUGGAAAGUGUUUUCCUUUCCAGGGUACGCUAAACCAGCAUUUGCGAAAGAAUCACCCUGGGGUAACAGAAGUACGAAACAGGGUAGAGUCUCCGGACAGAACAGAGGCAUUUGUGGAACAGAAAGUAGAUAAUGAUGCUUCAGCUUCUGAAGUUAUGGAUUCUAGUAUGGAAAUUCAUGCAAUGUCUAACACAUCUGAUUAAAAUACUACAUUCUAAGUGCAACUCAAACAAGCACAUUAAUAAUGCGUUUUUUUAAUUUUUUAUUCUUUUAGUAAUCUUCAGUACAACAGCCUUUUAAUUUUCCUGACUUUCUGAAAUGUUUUCUGGAGAAGACUACAUAAAUGUUCGUUGUUUGUGAUGGAGGCUGUUUUUGGGGUGGGGGUGGGGUGGUUUGUUUUGUUUUUUCUUCUGAAGAUGCUCAAAAUAUAAAAGACAGUGUACUGGGGAAGGAAUAGGAAAAGUCUGCUAAAAUGUCCCUAUUGUUUGAUCUGGUAAGACACAAUUUCCAGCAGAGAAAGAUAAUAAAAUAAGAUCGGCAGCUCUGCUGGAUAUACCAAUAAGCUAUAGUCUCCCUUACUUUAUUUCCUAAAUCCUGUUGCUGGUAAUGAGGGUUAUGCAGGACUAAGGGGGAGAGAAAGUAUUAUCCAUCUGAUUCCUUCCAUGCAUCACAAUGGAUUCUGUUCAUUUUUACUAACUGUUUCUGGUAGUUAGUCUGUUUAUAUAUAUAAAAUUGCUUUAUAUAUAUAAAAUGCUUUCACUUUUCCUAUUCUGGUUGAGGUGAAUGUAAAAGUAUGUCAAGGUUUAUACUAUGUACCAGUUUUACAACUGCUAGGUCUUCUCUCUGCCUAGGAUUUAGGACUCUGGACUUUGGGAGGAUGAUUUGGUUUUUAGAAGAAUGUUUGGUUUUUAUUUUAUUAAACUAUUACGUUGUGUGCAAAAGUGAGCAAAGUGAAUUACCUUGUUUUAAUAGCUUUGCUUUAUAACAUAUGUAAACCAAAUGCCAUAAAUCUAUUAAAUUAUGGUUAAUUGUUUGGGUUUUUGUUAGUUGUCUAGAACACAAGCUAGACAACCUGUGGUGCUGACCUUUUUUUAUAUAUAGAGAUAGAUAUAUAUCUAUAUAUAUAUAUAAAAAAGAUACUAUUAGCAAACCCAAAAGUAGCAUUGUGGUUUUAAAUGUGUUUUUACUGGCCUCAGAAUCUACCUUCAUUUCGUACUGUAGAAACAUACCAGGUAACUAAAUUUAACUUCAUCACUCUUCGUGGUUGGCUAACACUAACCAGAAAGGGAUGUUGUAGUUUAAACUACAGUACUUCCAAGCAGUGUUGUAAUGGGUCUCUUCACAGAGAGCUGUUUUCAGGUGCACAUUGACUUCCUACUUACAGCUCCAAGUGAUAUGUCAGCACUUGGAAUUUGUACUUUUUUGUAUAAAAAACAAAUAUUCUAUGGGAAUUGCAAGCAAUAUGUCUGUUAUUUCAUGUGUUAGUAUUACAAAGAGUUGCUAUGGCUUCCCCAUUAUUUCAGUGGUUGUUUUCUGCAUAAGGAAACCACCAACAACUUUAAAAGUACUCUAAAUCUUUUUGUUUCACCAUUUCUUUUUAAUAUGGUGCUAACUUCAUUAUUUAGGUCAGUAUAAUAUUUAAAAUGUGAAACCUAAUGGUAACAGUGAAAAAAAAGCAAAAAAAAACCAAAAAAAAAAAAACAAACAAUAAAACAAUAGCUUAAGAGACCUCAAAAGCAUGAGCUGGCAAACACUACUGUGUAGAAUUCUACCUGAUAAGCAGAAUUCAGUUAAUCACGUACUACUUUAAAAUACAGAAGAAUUAUGCUUUAUAUAAUUGGUCCAUAUGUUUGUUUAGCAAAUAGUGAAAAUACAUCUGUGAACAUGUUUAUUUCCUGAAAUUUAGAAAGUAAAAGCUCAUUCCUAAAUUACAGGAAAGCAAAAAGGUAGGUUUGCUAUCUUGUAAUGCUUUUUGGGCGCCUGUAGCUCAAAUUGCUAUAUGUAGAUUUUUUUUUUUUUUUAAACACUUUUCAGGCCCUUUGCCCAUGAAGUUGGGGCGUAUUUGUGCAGUAGCUUUAUAAAAUACACUAGUUCUUAAUAUUGUGACAGUCCGCAAUAAUGAUUAAUCUUAUUAAAUAAAGAUUUACAGUAUAAAUCCAACUUGCUCCAUAGGAGCAGUUUCAGUUAAAUUGAAUGCAUAAUUUGCCUUUCCUCCUAAAACUGCCUAAGUGAGGGGGGUGGCGGGUGGGAAGGGUGUUCUCUCUUUGAAGUAACAAUAGAAUUUUGUUUCCAGUAAAGGAAAUUAUGUCUGUCUAGGGGAGGUAGGAUGUCUAUAUGUUUACCCACUUAAACACGUGUUGGUGUUUCUGAUACUGUUUUUUCUGCUAUGUUUUUUAAGUAACUAAAUGCAAAAAAUUGUGUUUUGAUAAAUUAAGAUUGAGACAUGCAAAAUCAAAGAAAUUUAGAUUUAUUCUUAACCCUUCAUCUUGGACCUGUGCUGUGGUGCCUUUGGCGUAACUACUUUCACAGUAGCGUGAGUUGAGGAAAGCAGGAUAUGGGCUACUAAUAAUAUAUUUCUUGAAUUUUUCUGUGUCACAAUCUUAACAUUAUUUAAAUAUAGUUCUUUGUAUUUGUAAAUUUAUUAAACUGGUUUGAGUUUACCAAAGAGUGACUUAUCCAAAAUUGUCUCUGACAAAAACAAAAAAAAUCACUUUGAUUGUACAGGUUCAGGUUCAAAACAUUGUAACAGGACUGUUAAGGGGCAGGAAACGAUCACUUUUUCUACAAUAUCAUGAUUCAGCAGUUUGCAAGUUCUGCUUGCGACUAUUCAUGCUGAUAUGCCAUUUACCUUUUCCACUGCUAGCAGUGUUAAGAAUGAUCAAGCCAUAACACAGUACUGUAAAGUUCAGCAGUGCUUCAAAGGAUGCAUACAUAGGUAAGCAUAAAACAUCAUUGACCGUUAUUUUUACACUUACAAAGUGUGCGACUCUGGUAGAAAACGAACUUCAAACCUGGCAACAGCAAUUAAAUUGUGCCUUGUCACAUAAUGGUAUGCCAGGAUUAACAUUGUCAUGAAACAUGAAACAUUAUCUAAUUGAAGUUCAUUUCACAAGUCCACCAAGACGAAGUAUGCUGUGUUAUUUUAAGCAAAUUAUGGAAGUACUGUACAGUGUCUUGUUUCUGUACAGUUUUAGGUUAGCACAGAGCUGUUACACAUUUCAUUUACAAUAAAUGCAGAAGUCAAUAAAUAUGUGAAGAAAUAUUUGACAACAAAAUAAAUCAUGAAAUCAUAUAGGCUGGUUCAUAAUUGAGUCUCUUCUUAAUCUACCUUUUUAAUUAUAGACAAAUGUGAAAACAGUGACAGUGUCCUUUCCUCUAGAUGUUUAACCUAUUACAAACUGUGAAAAUAAAGAAUUUUAUAUCUUUGCUAAUGUUUGUGGUUUUAAACAGUUAUUUUAGUUUUCUUAAUCAGUUAUCUUCCAUAUCAUUUCUAUUAAAGUUGUAAAUACAUUUAGAAAAUAGCUAUGUAAAUAUUUAGAGUAUAUUGGAAGUUCAGUUUGGUCAACACGGCCUAAAGAUUGGCUCUGCAUUUUAGUGUGAAUUCUUUCAAUAGCAUAUAAAGGAUACUGUCAAUUCACUGUUCAGCAGAAUAUACUGUAGGCCUAAAUUGGUAGUUUUUGAUGCAAUCUUCCCAAGCAUAAAUUCAUGUUUUAUGCUGCAGCCUUUGGUUGACUUUUAGACAAAACAAUGAGGCCUCUAAUAUGUUUAGGCUGAAAUAUGGGAAGGAACAGCAAGAAUAAAAUCAAGGGCUGGGAAAAGAUUGAAUGAGCUUUACCUUCAAAAAUAUGUAUCUUAUUUGAAUUUUUUUGUAUUAGUUUACUGUGAUUCUUUUAUUGUCAUUUUUCUAAAUGGGUUUCACAUGAAACCAUUGAAAGGGACUCAAAUAUGCAACACCUAAUCUAUUUUGCAAGGGAAUGUUACCCUUGAAUGGUGCUUUUAGACUGGUCAGGGUUAUUUAUUAAAUUUUAUAUUUGAAAGUAUUUGGGGAAUUGUGUAAAUUCUUUAUAUGAAACUGUUUAGUUCAUGAAUUGUAAAUUUCAUAAUACUCAGUGAUUGAAUCGGAAGUUUAGUAAAGUCAUUCAAAAUGUUCAAAGUUUAUAACCUUUGUGCAUUUUACAUAUCUUUUAACAAGUGCCAGAAUAGUUGUAUUUAAUAUUGUAGUUUUAAUACUACUUGCACAUCCCUGUGAUAGCGUUAACUUAGUUAUGCAAGUUUACAUUUAAAAAAAAAAUGCUAAACAAGUAAGCCUGGGACAUGUGUUCCUGUUUUUCUUCAGGGGAUGUGAAGCUAAGUAUCAAUAACUGAGCAGGUUUGCUUGUAGUUUAUAUAAGUAACUCCUGCUAUGGUAGAUACAAUAAACUGCUGUUUCUCCAAUUUACAUAUGCUAUGAAUUCAACCUUUGGACUUGUAUUGCAAGUCUCUGGUUGUAUAUCUGAUUAGAUAUACAUCUUGCACAAUUUUAGCAGUGUUUUCGUUUCUGACUGAAAAAUGGUAUUUUUAAAUAACUUUUGUUUGUAUGAUUGCUUUUCAUGAUAAAUAUUUGAACAAUUUGAAUGACUUGACUUGGUGUCAUUAUCUUGCAAUAUAAACCGGUAACCUCACAACUCCACACUUCAUCACCAUGUGAAGUAAAUGAAGCUAGCUAAGCUGAUGCUGUAACAAUUAAUAACUUGCCAUUAAGGAUUAUUUUAUAGCAUGAAUUUUAAAGUAUUUAUUCAAAUGAUAUUUUACUCUUGUAUUCAUUUUGUUUUUAGUUUUGUGACAUGAAUAUUUCAGUGCUGCUUUAUUUUGUUCUGAUGAAUUUGUUUCUUGCUUGUAAAUUGCUUUUUUUAUGGUAUAAAGUCAAUGGGAAUUGCUGUUUGUAAAUUAAAAUGCUUCUAGAGCAAA